UCUUCUCGCAAGCCCUAGAAGCCAUGGUCCGCGGAGGCCGCAGGUGACCGGCGCCGGUAGCAAGGGGCGCCAGGAGGAGCGGCAAGAUGUCGGUGCGGAUAAAGGCUGUGGUGGACAGGUUCGUGAAGGAGCUCAAGGAGGCGCUGGACGCGGACAUCCAGGACCGCGUCAUGAGGGAGCGCGAGAUGCAGAGCUACAUCGAGGAGCGCGAGCGCGAGGUCGCCGAGCGGGAGGCCGCGUGGAAGGCCGAGCUCUCCCGCCGCGAGGCUGAAAUUGCGCGGCAAGAGGCAAGGCUGAAAAUGGAAAGGGAGAAUCUGGAGAAAGAAAAGAGCGUCCUGAUGGGAACUGCUUCGAAUCAGGAUAACCAGGACGGAGCCCUUGAGAUCACCGUCAGUGGUGAGAAGUAUAGGUGCCUCCGCUUCUCCAAGGCAAAGAAGUGAGUCGGUCGGUCCCACGUGUCAGCCAGCGAUUGGAGCACAGGGAUGGCGUGCACGGUUGGCGGCAAGAUGGCGUUAUUCGUGGCCGCGCCAUGCCCGGCCAGGCCAGGCCGGCACGAGCACCUACGCACGCAUGCAACCGCUUAUCCGAAACGAAACACACACGAAAAAUAAAAUCAAGAAAUGGUAAUGGCGCGAGAGCAUCUUCGAAGAGGCUGUUCCGUAACUUCGUCGAGUCUGAUCCAAGAUUACGAAGCGAGAACGGUGUCAAAGACGAAGUAGUAGAACAUGUAAAGUAGAUGAACACAGAAAGUAUAGAAGGAACUAUCUUUGUUAAUGAUGAUCUCUUUCUUACAAUGAUUUCUUUUUCUCUUUUUAUA